UUUAUGAGAUUGCUUAUAUAGAAACAAUUAUAGAUUCUGUUAGUGAAGGUGAUAUGGUCUCAGAUGAAAUGGUCUUAGGUGAAAUAGUCUUAGGUGAAAUGGUUUUAGAUGAAAAUACUGAAGUAGUCUCCGAAGUAGUUUCUGCUACUAAGAAAUGCUAUUUCAUUAAUAAAGAUUGGAAUAUUCGAAAACUACUCCUAGCGCUUAAAUUAGUUCCUUCGCCACAUACAGGAGCUGUUAUUAGUAAUACAUUUUUUAAGUGUCUUGAGGAUUAG